UUCAACUCGAUUAGCCCUUUAGACUAAUUCAAAUUUGGAGUUCAUUUAUGAGUUAGAUUUCAGUCCCUUAUACAGUAAACUUUAACCUAAGUUAUAAUAUGUAGAUGUACACAGUACACAAGGAUAUCUAAUUUUUUACGUAGUUUGAAGUAAUCUCCUAGAGUCCUAGUUCCUAAUUGUUAUACAAGUAGUUAUUUUAUGUUUUUGUUUUACUAUAUAUACGUCAUACUACUACAUAUGUAUUUACUUCCUAAUAAAUGUCCUUGUUUGGGAAUUUCUCAAAAAAAAAAAAAAAAAAAAAAAAAAAAAAAGAGAGGCUAUUUUACUUACCUUAGUAUUUCCAUAUGUUCAACCAUGCAUAUUUAAUGAACAUAUAUUUAAAUUUAAUCUAGCUAACUCCACAACCCACAUCGGCCACAUGUUUAUAAAAUCGCAAUUAAUUACUCGGACAAUGUACGAAAGCAUGAAGGUAAGAGUAGAAAAUGCACUAGAAAGAGGGAAGGUUGAAGAGAGGCAUAUUGAUGACGAAGAAAUGUUAGACGCCUUUGCCAAAUGGACCAACAACUUUACACGUCAAGUUCACCCUACCGUAAUACAGGUUUUACUAUCUACUACGAAAGACAAAGACAUAACUGGUAAAUUGAUGCCAAACUUGAUUUAUGUAUCAAGAGAGAAAAGUAAGAUCCAUCACCAUCGCUUCAAGGCAGGUGCCCUCAAUGCUUUGGUUCGUGUAUCAGCAACAAUGACAAAUGCACCAAUAGUACUAACAUUGGACUGUGACACAUACUCUAAUGAUCCACAAACCAUCAAACGGGCUUUAUGUUACUUUUUGGAUCCUGAAACUCGGCCCACAUUAGCAUAUCUUCAAUUUCCACAAAUCUUUCGUGGGCUCAAUAAAGGUGACAUCUAUUUCAGUGAACAUAAACGUCUUUUCCAAAUUAACACAUUGGGAAUGGAUGGGCUUUCUGGCCCAAAUUAUGUUGGAACUGGAUGCUUCUUUCAACGUCGAGCCUUCUUUGGAAGUCCGUCAUCUUUGAUCCACCCUGAAGUCCCCGAACUUGGCCCCGAUCAUGUCGUAAAUAAGCCCAUUAGAUCACAAGAGAUUCUCAAAUUGGCCCACUCCGUCGCUGCUUGCAAUUAUGAGAACGAAGAGGAGUGGGGCGAGAUGUUGGGCUUCCGGUAUGGGUCAUUAGUGGAGGACUAUAAUACAGGCUACCGGAUGAAAUGUGAGGGAUGGAGGUCCAUGUUUUGCAGCCCACAAAGGCCGGCUUUCUUGGGGGACUCACCAGUGACACUAAUUGACUUGCUAAGCCAGUGUAAAAGAUGGAUGAAUGGGCUUCUUGACGUUCUCUUCUCAAGAUAUAGUACUAUGACUUAUGGUAUUCAGAAAUUGGGCCUAGUCAUGAGUUUCACUUAUACACAUUACACACUUUGGCCCAUUAUUUCCAUUCCAUUCACUAUUUAUGCUUUCAUCCCUCAACUUGCUCUCAUCAAAGGAAUUUCUACCUUCCCAGAGAUUUCAGACCCAAGGUUUAUGUUGUACAUAUUUCUAUUCAUUGGGGCCAACGGAAAAGACCUAAUAGACUUUCUUCUAGAGAAAGGAACAUUUGAAAGGUGGUGGAAUUCUCAAAGAAUGUUGAUGAUAUGUGGACUCUCAAGUUUCCUCUUUGGAUGCAUGGACUACACUCUUGGCUCAUUAGGCAUCGUGGUUCGUGGAUUUGAUGUGACUAGCAAACUACAAGACGAUGAACUCAGCAAGAGGUACGAUCAAGGGACUUUCGAGUUUGGUGUCGCGUCACCUAUGUUUGUGCCUAUGACAAUGGCAGCCAUAAUCAACCUGAUAUCCUUUGUUAUGGGACUUUUAGGGGUGUUUAGAAAGGGGAUGGAAAAUAUGGAAGGGCUUAUUUUGCAGAUUUUGUUGUCUGGUUUUGUGGUGAUUAAUUGCUGGCCACUUUAUCAGGCUUUGGUGUUUAGGAGUGACAAAGGGAGGAUGCCCACUAAAAUCACCUUAAUUGCUGCAUUUUUAGCUUCAAUUUUGAUUUUGGGAAGCUAAACUUAUGGUUUUAUAAACUCUUGUUUAUACAACUUACAUAAUUAUAAUGAAAUUCCCCUUCUAAAUAAAAUUUGAGUAGACCACAUACAUACGUCUCACGGUCUAA